AUGUCUCUACCCCCGAUUGCAACGGCAACCUUGCAGGCUGCGCUCGUAAAUGCGGGUUCGAAUGUCCUUGCCCAGGGAAUCAAAGCGUGGAGAGAUCAGACACCAUUCGAACUCGACCUCCAGGCCUUGUUCCAGUUCACGACGUGUGCGUUUGUACUCUCGCCGCUGACGUACGUCUGGCUUGAGAGCCUGGAGUCGAGGUUUCCGGGCUCUAGUGAGAAUACGUCAGUCAACAAGUCUACUGCUGAGAAGAAUGGCUCGAAGCACGGGAAGCAGAAGUUAAACGUGAAGAAUACCGUAGUAAAAGUCGUGAUUGAUCAGACUGUCGGCGCGGCGAUCAACACCGUGGCCUUCGUUAUGACUAUGGGACUUUUACGGGGACAGGAUUUUGAGGUCAUCAAGGCACAGAUUCAGAAUCGAGGGUAUUAG